UCGCACACUAGUGAAGGAGUUAGUGUAGUGAUCAGACAUGUAUUCGGGAUUUGAGCACUGAGCGGCUUUGCUGUUGUUUAUUCACUUUAAAACCUUGAGCCGCUUUUAGUUUAAUGAUAAAUAAAGAUGGCUGUGAAGGCGCCCGGGUCUGUGUGAGGGAGGGAGUGAUGUGUUAAAGGCUCUGUGCAGUGGGGAAACCUGGCUGGUGGUGAUUCGGGGCGGGUUGUGUGUUUGGCUGAAGUUUGCAGUGUGGAAGGUGGAGAGAGAGAGAGAGAGAGAGAGCUGCUCACAGGAGGUUGUCGGAUCUGAACCCCGGGGUUCAGUGCAUGGUGCCGGAGUGAGCUGCGCGCGCGCUGGGGAUGAUGGCGAAGGUCCAGGUGCUGAAUGUGGCGGUUCUGGACAACCCGAGCCCCUUCUGUAACCCCUUCCAGUUCGAGAUCACGUUCGAGUGCAUGGAGGAUCUGCCUGAGGAUCUGGAGUGGAAGAUCAUCUAUGUGGGCUCUGCGGAGAGUGAGGAGUACGAUCAGACGCUGGACUCGGUGCUGGUCGGCCCUGUUCCUGCAGGGAGACACAUGUUUGUGUUUCAGGCAGACGCUCCGAACACGGGACUCAUUCCUGAAAGCGAUGCAGUGGGCGUGACCGUGGUGUUAAUCACAUGCACUUAUCGGGGUCAGGAGUUCAUUCGCAUCGGUUACUACGUCAACAAUGAAUACACCGACCCUGAGCUGCGUGAGAACCCGCCCAUCAAACCCGACUACUCGCAGGGUACGGUCACACCUGCACACCUUGGCUGGCUCUGGAUGGCACGCGCCGCUAAUGACUCACACCGCACUAGAUUAAGGUGCAAUCAGCACGCAUAUAUAAGGACACCAAAGAGUAACUCAGGUUGCGAAGUGUUGAGUUGUUUAGAAACAUUACCGAGCCAUGCGUUGUUUUGAUUUCCUGGUUUCCAAAUUCCCAGUUCAUGUUCCUUCAUUGUCCUUUGAUUCAACCUACGAUAUUCUGUCUGUGCCUCACCCGACCUACUGCUCGUUUAUCAUUUCUGAUUUAUGCCUGCUGAUUUGAACUGUUUGCCUGAUUUGCACUUUUCUUAAUAAAUAUCUUCUGCACAUACAUUCAUCUCCACCCAUCCCUGACAGGUACAGUGACCACGCCCCACUUUGUAACAGUGAGCGCAAAUUGCUCUAGUCUCUUAUCUAGUUUUUAAAAAAACAAAACAAACAACGAUGUGGGAUUAUUUAUUUAUUUACAAACACAUUUUAUGGAAAAUAUUCAUGACAGUUUCAGAUAAAAUGAGUUAAAACUGUUGUAUUAGUCCACUCACUUGUUGGACAGGUGACAGUUUGUGUCAUGUAAGGGCAAUAGACGGAUGUCAUCGCAGGAAGAGUUUUAUUCAAAACACGCGAACAAAACGAGUCGAAAAGCAGGCAGUGGUGGAGUGAGGCACAGACAGGAUAUCGGAGGGAUACAAUACUCACAGUCCAAAACCAGAAAAGUGAUACAAAAUACAAGGCUUUCGCAAAGUCUGUGUGUUACUCAGUCCUUAUAUAAAUGUCUGCACUGUGAUUGAGCUCUAAUCAGAAACAGGUGCAUGGCCAUUAGUCUUAAUGGCACUGAGAGAUGUAACCAGAUGACUGUUACCCCUUUUCCACCAAAUCAGUUCCAGGGCUGGUUCGGAGCUGGUUCAACUUGCGAGCCAGCUGAGAACCAGUUUGCUUUUCCAUAGCUCACGGAGCUACGUCAUUAUGUCGCUGUAUACAUCAGUUAUGUCGCUGUAUACGUCAUUACGUCGCUGUAUACACUCAAAAAAAUAAAACAUUGGAUUUACUUAACCGAGUUAUGGCAACCGGUCCCACGAAACUGUGUUAAUUUAGAUGUAUUGAAUACAGUUAUGUUGAGUUUAUUCAACAGAGUUAUGUUAGAUUUACUACACAAAGCUGCAUGGACAGUAUUAAAUAAAGCCAUGUUGGAUUUAGCUGACAAAGUUAUGUUGGAUUUAUUUAAUAAACUUGUGUUUAAUUUACAUUUCUGCGUUCUGUACUGUCUGCAUUUGUUCCAACAAUAUCUACUUAAAGUACCGUACACAACACAAAAUAACCAUUUAACUCAGUUUUAUUUGUUUGCCCAAGUGCAUCUUUCAAUUUGAAAAGCUAAACAUUUGGCAGGUUAC